GGCUUGGGAGUUGAUAUACUUUCGACCUGUGAUGCAAAAUAAGGCGACUUUAACUCAAUCGAAAAAGUUCCAUUCUUGUAUUCCCUUGGAUAGCCACCAUCUUUGGUCUUGAUACAAUCUUGAAUACUUAAGAAAUACUGGGCGAGCACUCCUCGUAGAUCGGGUUCUGGCCCUCAAUAAAAAAGUAAAAAAGUACACAAAGUGAUACCUCAAUAAACCCUCCCUUUUUUUUACACUUAUUAUAUGUAUAAAUCUCUAGACAUUGAACAAUACAUUCAAGAGCAAUUACAAAGUAACGCCCCUGUCUCGCUUGCCAGAUUUGUAGCUGACAAACGUCAGUUUAUUGUCGAAAAUACCGAUAUCCCAGAAUUUCAGGAUAUUAAAGGAGCUUGGUCAAGUAAAUUUGGCAAUACAGCCAAGCGACUGAAAGUAACUCCUAGUGAAACACGAAAAAGUAUUAAUUGGGAUAGCUUAUCAUCAGCAAUACUAAAACACUUUUCUCAAAUAAAUGCUUCACCAGACCCUGUUGCAUUGGACACUUCAAGUAAAACUUCUUCAAAACAAAAUAAGUCUUCACCCACUUUAUCGACAACUUCCGCAUCAAAACGCGAUUCUUUUCCAUUAACACCAGAAGCUCGAGUAGAGUUUGAAAAAAAGUUUCGUUCCAUGGAUCCUGAAAUGAAAUGGGUUCUUGAAUCAGGAAGAGCGGUUGAAGAUGUCAUGUUUGAUCUGGGUUCCCGUUUAAUAAACGAACAGUAAGUACUUUUAUAAGAGAUUGAUUUAUUUUAGAUAGUAUCAACGAGGGUUAAUCACUAUGCUUAUAUGAAGGAAAAGGUUAUCG